AUUUCUCUUUAUUUCCUCUUCUUCAAAACUCCCACGGCCACCCUCUCAUCAGUUACCAGUUUACCGCUUCCCACCCAUUGCGCAAAUUAUCAUUUAUCAGGUCGGUCCGUUCAUUCUCAGGGCAAAAUAAUGGAGUACUACUAAUUUUCUCCAAUUUUAACUUCCUUCAAAAAAUAUCUACCAUAGUUCCUUCAUAUUGGUGAUAAAGGGUGGGUUUUGCUGGAAAAUGGAAUUAAAUCCGGGUGUUAGCACCGAAGAACCGCCUUCCUGGGAUGAGCUUUACAACGUUAACUUGGUGCCCUCCGAGUUGUUUCUCAAAUUUCGCAAAGAAAUUGAAGGUUUCAGACUUGGUGUUAAUUUAGAGUUUUAUAAUGCACCACUUAAUGAUUUCCAGACGAAGCUGGUUUUAAAGCCUUUGUCAUCCGAGAGAAGAUGGAAGUUCAUAUAUGAACCCAUUCAUCAUGAUGUGCGCAUUGUUUCUAAGAAGAUACCUUUAACUAAAUUCGUAAAUCUCCAGGUAGGCGUUGGUCAUAGCUUUUCUUUAGGUGCUACUGGGUGGAAAUGGAAGCUUACUUCAUGUCUGGGUGGAGAUAACGUGUCACGAAUUCGGAAUAAGACAUCAGUUGGAUUGUGCGAUGGUGUGGAUUUGCGGUUUGGCUGGAGGGCAGAUUAUGUUCUUCCCGAGAUCACUGGGGCUCUGGGCACAGAUGAACCCUUAUUUAACAUGGAAUCAGGACGUCUAGAAGCGUCGCUAGACAGAGUUGAGGCUAUCUUCACACACAAAGAUGAAUAGUUCAGUUGUACAGCUCUGUUUUCCUUCACUUUUUCCUUGAUUUUCUUCACAAUAUGAGUUAUAAGUUUGUUAUAUUAGAAAGGUAAUCAAGCAAGUAUAUAUUUCAGCAUGAUCAUGUUGUGACAGUUUGUUUUGGUAUCAAAUAAAUCUGUCACAGUAUAGGCUACGAAAUGAAGGUUUUUACUAUAGGCUAUUUGAAGCUUUUCCAUUAGUUGGCUGAUCUUCUUUGAAAGGAAUUGGAUGCAGACAUGAGUGUUCUGCCAAGAGCAUUUUGUUCGACUUGUUGAGUGUUGUUUGAGACUUAACUUGGUUACUUUUUUUUAAGGUAACUUAAGCUUGGUUACUUUAAGAACACCUUUAUUUUGAGUA